ACGCGCUUGGGGCCGUGCGGGAAUGGCUGCCGGCUGGUCUGGGGGUUGGGCCGCUCCUAGCGAACGGAGAGUUAAAGAGUUUUUAAUGUCCGCCAUGUUGGCCAUGGCGUAUUGAACCAGGGAGAGAGGGGAACGACUGUAAAAAAAAAAAAAAAAAAAAAAGAGAGACCGAAAGAGAGCGACCAAGAUCCGGGCCUUUCGGGCUCCUCUCGCAUCGCCGUUUGCGUGUGUGUAUAUUUACCAGUCGAACAAGUGACUGUCGGAGAUCGCCACAGACCCAUCCAUGAGAACUCUAACUGGGACAGUUGUGAAUUAUAGGGGAUCGGAUAGAUUUAUUCUGUAUCUCGAAUUAUAAAAAAAAUGAGUAAAUUGUCGUUUCGGGCACGGGCGCUGGACGCUUCCAAGCCUCUACCCGUCUUCCGCUGCGAGGACUUACCCGACCUGCACGAAUAUGCCUCAAUUAACCGGGCAGUGCCGCAGAUGCCGACUGGGAUGGAGAAAGAGGAGGAAUCGGAGCACCAUCUCCAGAGGGCCAUCUCCGCGCAGCAGGUGUACGGCGAAAAGCGGGACAGCAUGGUGAUCCCCGUUCCCGAGGCGGAGAGCAACAUCGCCUACUACGACACCCUCUACCCUGGGGAGUUCCGGAUGCCAAAGCAGCUCAUUCACAUACAGCGUGAGUACAGCACGGUGCGGCCUAGGGUGCGGGCACCCGGGUUGCCCGCUACAAAGGUCUUGCUGGACAGGGCACACUCGGACCUGGACCACGUGUUCCAUGCACUAGAUCCGGACGCUACCCCCCUCACGCCCCAGCCUCUGGACGAUACGAUUGCCAGUACCUCAGAAACAAAUACCUCAGACAGAGCGGCCCCCGGGGGUCGCCAGCAGGUCUUGUUGAACAUUAAGUCGUGCCGGUGGCGGUACUUCAGACCUCGGACGGCGAGGCGGGGUGGUGCGGACGGAGGAGACCCCUCCGGCGCUGGUAGAGCACCAGCGAGCGGACCUGGUUCGCAGGCCAGGACCGGACCCGGAGCGGCCCCCGUUGCCGCAUUCACCAUGGAGCAGUACCAGCAGCACCAGGAGCAGCUAGCGCUAAUGCAGAGGCAGCAGCUGGAGCAGACGCAGCUGCAGCUGCAGCAGGCGAGCGCCGAGCCUCCCGGCAGUAACACGCAGGGAUCGACGUCAAAGACCCUGGACUCGGCAAGUGCCCAGUUUGCGGUCUCUGCACUGGUGACCACGGAGCAGCUGCUGGCGGCCAAGGCCAAAGACGAGACGGCACUCGGGCUCGGCGUCAACGGGGUUCUGCCGGGUUCUGGGGUCUAUAAGACAUCACACCAUGCCAGCGGCUCUCCUGCCCCUGUGGCUCCAACCGGCCAACCAGCUGCAGUUGCCGUGGCAACAACCACCACCACCAUGAUGGCCGGCCCCACCUUCCACCAGCCCCCGGCCAACAACGGCACGACGGUGACUCCCAGCUCCGCCGCCGCCACUCAGGUCCUGAUCGGGAACAACAUCCGCCUGAGCGUGCCCCCACCAGGGGGCGCCCUGAGCCCCAUCGCGACGCUCAACGCGCGCCACAUAUCCCGGACUAUAAACGCUGUCCCGCCGUCCGCCUUAAAGCUGGCCGCCGCGGCCGGGAACUGCCAGAUGCCCAAGGUCACUGCAGCGUCAUCGUUGGACAUGGCACCCAGGGAAAACCACGAUCAAGAAAAGACCACCCUGAACAGUAUAUCAGACAACACAGUGGCCAUGGAGGUGACGUAGUGCACAAGAAGCCGGGGACGCGGCACCUCUUCCGGGUACCAUGGCGACCACGGCAGGAUGGCGCCACGUCCGUCUCCAAGGCAACCGUCGGGACUCUAUUGCAAUGCUCAUCUCUCGUGCUUUUUCCAUUUAUUUGUUACUGUUAAUAAGAGGCAUCAACAUCUGUAAAUUAUGAAUAUGGCAAUUCUAUGUACAGCAACCAUGUAUUUGUAAUACACUUGUAUAUAUGUUACUUGAAUACAGAAUUGUUCAUUUGAUGUUUUGCACUUGGGGGAGAAAAAAAAAUUGGAAAAAAAAAUUGCAACUGGUUAAGUAAAAGGUGAGAGUGUAGCGAAGAUGUCCUCACAUCAUGUGCAUGGUGCAGAACCUGCUGUUUUAUCUAUUUAUUGUGCUGUGUUUACAGUUUCUUUGUACACUGUACCCUCAUUGGUUCCUGUGCUAUAGUGAAUGUGUUAGGUAGCUAUGGACUCCUUGGUAUUUUGUAUAUUUGUGAACAUACCCCCGGCCCCCGUCAGGGCGUCCGCUUGUUCUGUGUAUCACGUGGAAAUAAAUGGUGACAUACAUACAGAAUCGUAGGGGGGGAGGGACAGGGGUUAGGCAUUGGAGUUGUCAGUGGGCAAUCGCUUAUUGGGAUUUUCUGUUUGUGUCCCAAGACGAGUAACAAAGUAGGAAUGAAGUCUCUUCCCAGAAGCCGAUUAACAGAGCACUAUUUUUCUUUAAUUAUUGCUGCUUUUUACGUUUUUGUUUCUAGAGUUCAUUUAAUGAGCGUUUUUUGUUACUCCUCCCCUCCCAUUUUUAUAAAACAUUUAAAGUUAUUUUUGUAUCUCCCCCCAUCCCUCCCCCCCCCAUUGUGAUUGUAUGCCUGUUCUAUUGAAAGACUUCAUUCGUUUUGUUACUUGUUCAUAAAAAGGAUAUAAGGGAGAUAGAGGCAGUACAAGCUGUACGUGUAUCAUCAUUCCGAUUUCUAAAAAACAAAACGGCCUUUUUUUUCCUUUUGGGUUUUUUUUUUUUCUUUUUUUUUCUUUUUUUCCUUUUUUUUCUUUUUUAUUUCUCCAGAAGGCUGAAAGGCCACAACCUGAACUAUGGGGUGCCUUCCUUUGGAAAUGUUCGACCUCUCUUCUGUGAAGAGUACGGUACCAGGCGAGGCUGCGGGUCUCUGUCGGUGCCACAAUCUGAAUGCCCGCUCCAAUGGCAUCAUUUAAUCCCUGAGGUUUUCUAGUCCCACCUGGAAGACGGAAAGUGACACAACUCUCACAAAUAAAUCCCAGGGCAUUCUAUGUUGACCAGC